AUGUCUGGAGCGUCAUAUCUGGUCACAUUCUUCAAUCGAAUUCAACGACUGCAGGAAGUAGGAAUUCGGCCAGUUGUUGUUUUCGACAUGAUUUCUCCUGAAUUUAAUAGUUGUUCGAGUAGUGGAAAUUCGCAUAUAAAGAAGUCCAAACGUAGUGGCGGUAACGGGUGGAAUCUUGAUGCGCAUAACGAGUUGAAGAAACGGGUCUAUAAUGCGGAGCAACUUCUUAAUAAUAUGGGUGUUCCUGUUGUCAUGGGUAGUUCCGAUGGAGAAGCCCAGUGUGCUCAGUUGGAGCAGGCUGGCCUCGUUGAUGGAUGUAUCACUUCAGACUUUGACUUCUUUCUGUAUGGCGGAAGAAACCUAUACAAGUGUUUCGACACAGUUCAAAAAAAAAACGCCACACAGUAG